AUGAGGCAAAUUCACAUAAAACGUCGUUUGCAAAAAAACGAAAAGUUUGAUAAAGACUUAAAGUCUUUUCCUAAAAAUGCAAAAUACACAUCAAACAUUGUACAAAAUGAUAUUUUACUUGCGUCUUCCAAUAUUAUUACACAAACUAUUGUUAAAGAAGUUAAUGAAGGUAGUUCGGUGUACAGUUUAAUUGUGGUUGAAGCUCGAGAUGCUUCAACGUUAGAACAAAUGUCAAUAUGCAUAAGGUAUGUACAUAAAUCAAUUAUUAAAGAACGAUUUUUAGGAUUUUUACAAGUAUUAAAGUUGGAUGCACAUGGUCUCACUCAUUGUAUUAUCGAAUUUUUAAAUGCAGUUGGUUUAGACAUUGAAAAAUGUAUUAGUCAGUCUUACGACGGUGCGUCAGUGAUGUCAGGCUCUACCAACGGGGUACAAAUAAAAAUUAGAGAGCUCUCUAAAAACAAAUGUCCGUAUAUACACUGUUACGCUCAUCUAUUAAAUUUAGUUUUAGUCGAUGUUGCUAAAUCAGUUGAAAUAGUUGACGACACGAUAGGAUUACUGGAAGCAAUUUAUGCAUUUCAAUCAAGUUCAACUUUACGCCAUGGCAUAUUUUCUGAAGUCCAAAAAGAUUGCGAAAAUGUAUUAAAAGUACCCCAACAUAGCGAUACAAGAUGGGUUGCUAAAUACAAAGAAAUAUGCGAUAUGGGAAAGUCAUUUGAGGAGAUUAAAUCGGUUAUUGAAUGCGUGUUGGUUAUUCCAGUAAGUUCGGCAUCAGCCGAAAGAAGUUUUUCAACUAUGAGAAGAAUCAAGAUAUAUUUACGGACAUCUAUGACUACUACGCGUCUUCAUAAUUUAGCAUUGAUAUCAAUCGAAAGAGAGUUCAGUUCGGAGUUGUUGAAAGAUCCUACUAAGAUAAUUGACGAGUUCGCCAAAAUGAAAAACAGGCGAAUUCAAUUUAUUAAAUAA